UAGUCCUCCGACGCAUCCGUCGCACUUUCGAUUUAACGUCCGAGCACACCGUUGGCCUCCACACACGUGUACGCUUUGGCCUCCACACGCUAGCACGCACCGCAAUAGAACAGUCGCCGUGUUAUACGUACGCGCACGCAUCGGGUCCGACACCGCUCGACGACAAUAGUAUCAUAAUGGAGUCGUCGACCAAGUUGUUCAUCGGUUUGGCGCUGUUGCAGAUGACGGCCAUGUGCGCCGGCCAGAAGUACGGCGUGGCCUACAGGAGGCCGCCGACGACCGGGGCCAGGCAGAUCGCGGCCACGCAACAGCGGUACUACAACAACGCGGCAACGCAGUCCGUUGUUGCUUCGCCGUUGACGGCCACCGAAGACGUUUACCAGCAGCAGCAGCACCAGCGACAGUUGCUGGCUGCCGACCAGUACUACCGACAGCCAGCCGCGACGGCCGGCCAGCAGCAGUACUAUUACCCGCAGCAACAGAGCAAACAGGUUUUGGAGCAGCAGCAGCAAGCCCGGUUACAGCAACAACAGCUCCAGCUUCAACAGUUGCAACAGCUUCAGUUGGAGCAGCAGCAGCCGUUCCAGCAGCAGCAACAACCCGCGGCGGCGGCGACCGGGGCUUACUAUCAGCCGCAACAGCAGUACAACGACUACUACCUGCAGCAGUUGCUUCAGCAGCAAUUGCAACUGCAGCAACAGCAACAGCAACAAUAUUAUCCGACGCAGAAACCGUUGUUCAGGCCAGCCAUACCGGUCACCGAAACACCGGUCGAGGAACAGCAGCAGCAGCAGCAGCAGACCAACUCGUAUCAACAACCGAACGCGCCCGGUCAACAGUUACCGAAUAACUUGUUGGGCGUCCUUUACUCUUCGGCUGCGGACGUGUCCAAGUUUCAAUUUUCCGGCAAUGGUGUGAGCUAUUCAUUUUAAACAUCGGUUGUCGGCUACGUGUUAUUUGUUUUAUUAAUUUUUUUGUUUUAAACUUAUUUCGAUUAUGUUAUUA